GGGCAGACGGGUUUUGGUGUGGGAGGUUCAGGCCGGGGUGUGCAAGGUGGAUUCGUUGCCGGGCAGCAGUACUUUGCCCCGCCUCCAAUGCGGGCUGCAGGUAAUCCCCAUAUGCCUACCAAUCUGAACUAUGGCUAUGAUCAAUUUGGGGAGCAGAGUGGUAGUUUUGCUGGUUGUUAUCAACAGGCUGGAAGUGCUAGUGUGGACUACGGUCAAAAUCAGGGUCAAUUCUUUGCUGGUCCUAGUAAAUCUCAAAUGCCUGAUGUUGGUAAUUCAAGCAAGUCUGGUGCUAGUGAUGCUGCUACUGUUACAGAACAAAGGGCCCAAAUGGUGUGCUACAGAUGCGAAAUCGCUGGACAUGCCGUUAAAGGAUGCACUACUUCUCUCUGGUGUGUUAACUGCGGGAAAAAGGAUGAUCAUCUGUCCAAGAAAUGUGCCCUCCUGUAUCAGCCCAAACCUGUGGCGUGUCUGAUUGGUAGCGCUGCUGAUGGACUUCAAAUGUUCUCUGCUAGGUCUGGGAAAAAACCUGACCAGGAUAAAGCUAAACAGGCUAUUGCUAUUGUCUCUGUAAAAGGUGAAUCACUUACUGCCUUGCACCUAGUUAAUUCUUUCAGCAUGAUGUUCCAGUGGGGAUGGGAAUGGCAAGCAAAGCCAUAUCUUAAGGACAACUUUCUUGUGAAAUUUCCAUCGAUGCAAAAAAUUGAUGAAAUGAAGGGAUACCACUACUUUGGACUGAUCGGUACUAAAGCAACAAUCAAUGUUGACAGGUGGACUAAUUCAUCAAUUGCAUCUUACAAGCUGUAUGUCUGCUGGGUUAGAAUUGAUGGAGUGCCUGAACCACUUGAACACUAUCAAGGCUUCUGUGAGGCUGGUUCUCUGAUAGGGAAUGUUCUAGAACUGGACAUGGAGUUGUAUAGACAAUGUGGGGUGGUGAGAGCAAAAAUUGGAGUUAUGGAUCCCAGGAAAAUUCCAGCUAGUGCUCCCCUGAAUGAAAGUGGCUUGGUAUAUAACAUUUUCUUUGAGCUAGAGGAUAUUGUGGAGGAGGGAGGCCCGUUGGAGGGGGGUGUUUUGGUCAGCUACCCCAGGCCUUCGGCUCCUACACAACAAACUACUGAUAAGAGACCUAGGGACAGAAACGACAAGGAUGAGCUGAUAUGCAGUAAAUCUCCAAGGCAAGACAGUGAUGCUGUUGGUAUCGGAGGAAAUGCGGUAGCUGAGAAUUCUGAUGAGGUUAUAUCCAGUCAAUACGAGUUAGAUAAGGAUUGGAUAGCUGAAAGGGAAGUGAGACAAAAACUGCUAGACAAGAAGCAUUUGACUGACAAGGCGGGGUCUGGUGUAGAGCAGAUUAAUGCAGACUUUGCUAAGGACGCUGAAAUGAUGGAGAACUUUACAGAAAGGGUUGGUAGCCAGCAAGAGGAAGAGUAUGACUGCACUCAGGAUCCUGAAGAUUUUGCCAGAAGGCUCGGGAUUAGCACUCAGAGAAUUAAAGAGAUUGAGGCUGAAGUGGAAGAGGAGCUGUCGGCUGAGGAAAAUUGCAACCUAAGGCAUGACAAGGAGAACCUAACCCCUGACAUGGUUAAAACAGCCGGUGCUAUUUCACCUCCUGGAAGAGUUGUUGAGACGAAGCAGAACUCCUUCUCUAACAGGGUACAAGGGGUGGUGUUGAAUCCUUUGCAAGAUCUUGGGGAGGCUGAUAUUACCAAGCAACAAAAGUUGAGGGAAGCUGAAGUUAGGGUUCAAAAGGCUAAAGAAAAGGCAGCUCUAGAUGAGGAGGCGAGGAGAAGAAGUGUCAGGAACAAACACAAAGAGGAGGUGCAGACUAUGGACAAAGCUACUGACAUGGCGAGGAGGAAGAAUCUGGAGACCCCAGAAAAGAGGGGUGGAAAAAACUCUUAAGGAAGUGACCAAGAGGUUGGCCCAGAUAGCGAGGGACGUCUUCAAGCGUGCUUACGGGUGGGGCCCAGCUGUACGGAGGCUCUGUUGAUCAAGUGUUGACAGAUGCAGCAUUUACGAUUAUCUCUCUUGUUCUUUUGAUAUAGCACCCUGUAGGUGCAGAUUUUGGUAUCUCAGGUGUAGGAGUUUAUUUCCCUGAUGCAAAAUAUUAGGCAACAUUUGUAGCGAUGAUGCUUUGGAGCGUUCUUCUGUUGUAGCAUCCUGUAGGUGCGGUUGAAGUGCCUCUAGAUGUAUGAGUAGUGUUUCCUGAUGCAGAUGUUAGGCAUCGAAAAAUGUUAAAUUUGUAUGGAACUUGCUUUGUAUGUUGUGACUCCAUUUUCGUAAUGAAAAUGGGGGCCAUGGGGCCCCUCUGAUCGAAAAA